AGAUAUUUAUACAGAUCUAACCCGCGAGAGCAACGAAACAGCCAUUGCUUCGCUGUACUGGCAUUCACCUAGCCCCCCCCACUUCUCUCGCUCUGGCAUCUGAUGCUGUCUGCCCCGACCACCAUGUCCGACAACACACAGAAUGCCCAUCAAAAAGGGGAACCUGUUGAAGCUGGAUGGCUGAAGCGGAUCCAUUGGCCCAAAUUGACCAUCCUGGUCAUUGUUCCGGCCCUGGCCUUUCUCAUGGUUCCAUUUGUUCCGCUUCAGGCGAAAACGCUCGUCCUCUCAGUAGUGUAUUAUUUCAUCACCGGGAUCGCAAUCACCGCAGGAUACCAUCGCCUCUGGGCCCAUCGGGCCUAUUCUGCAUCCAUGCCCGUGCGGAUCAUGCUGGCCGCCUUCGGAGCCGGAGCUGUAGAAGGAACAAUCCUCCGAUGGUCCUCCGAGCAUCGUGCGCAUCACCGAUAUACCGACACCGACCAAGACCCGUAUAACGUCAAGAAGGGAUUUCUCCACGCGCACAUUCUUUGGCUAAUCCUGCGACACCCGCGCAAGAAAACCCACGUGGAUAUGUCUGACCUGCAUAAUGACCCCGUAGUGAAGUGGCAACACGAACACUACCUGCUGGCCAUGGCCGUCAUGGCCUUCGGGGUCCCCAGUCUGAUUGCAGGACUGGGCUGGGGCGACUUUUAUGGCGGCUUGCUGUAUGCCGGUAUCCUCCGGUAUUUCUUCGUCAACCAGGCCACAUUCUGCGUGAACUCGCUGGCGCACUACCUGGGGGAGCAGCCGUAUGGGGACGGACGCUCCGCACGGAACCAUCUGGUCACGGCCCUGAUCACCUUUGGUGAGGGGUACCAUAACUUCCACCAUGAGUUUCCGGGCGACUAUCGCAAUGGCAUUGAGUGGUAUGACUAUGACCCGACGAAGUGGGUGAUUCGGGCGCUGGCGGGACUGGGAUUGGUGAAUCGGAUGAAGCGGUUCCGGCAGAACGAGAUUGAGAAGCGACGCGUGCAGCAGGGCUAUAAAGCGUUGGAGAAAGAGCGUGCCCGGUUGGACUGGGGGCCUGAGCUCGGGCAAUUGCCGGUGAUGGAAUGGUGCGAGUAUCAGGGUGCAGUGAGGACGGGAAAGGCCCUCUUGGUGGUGGAAGGCGUGGUUCAUGAUGUGUCGGGCUUCAUGGCGGAGCAUCCGGGCGGGGAGACAAUGAUCCAAAGAAUGCUGGGGAAAGAUUCGACCUCCAUGUUCAAUGGUGGUCUGUAUGCCCAUUCGGACACGGCGAGAAAUGUGUUGUCCACGAUGCGCGUGGCAGUUCUCCGUGGAGGUGGUGAGGUGGAGGUUUGGAAAGAUCAUGAGGGAUUGGGUAUAUCUGGCGAAAGCCGAUAGGCAGUUCGUCUGGUGCAAGGAUAUUUUUCUGCAUUUUGAUGUCAGCAUGAGGCUUCUGUUUGCAAAAUCUGAACAGACCCGAGAUUCAACCAUUAAACCACCAACUUGUUUAUGCACCAGGCCCAGUAACCGAUUGCCCAAGAUUUGUCCUUCCCAUAGAACUUCUCUAACGGCGAACCGCUAGAGGAUCUGAUUGUAGGUUGCGAUGGAAGGAUGGAAGGGUGACCGGCGAAAAGGAUGUGUGUGACCCUCGAUUUACCAUCCCGUGGCUCUUGACGCGAUAAACAUAGCUGUGCGUGGCAGCCUCACCAGUCAGGCAAUUAUUGAUGAUAUGUACAGCGGCAGCUUCACAGAUCAAGUCUUGGAGACUGCAUACGAAAUAU